AUGGAAGGAAGCAAAUAAUCAAAAUAAGAAGGAGGAUCAGCUAAAUAAGGAGGAGUAGGUGGUUAAUCCAACCCUCAAAGUUCUGGAAUGAGGAAGAACCCACCAAACUAGUAAGAUAUGGCUUCAAGAUUGCACCAGAGAGAGUAAAAACCCUAAAUGGUCUAAACAAUUGAGAGGUUGCUGGAAAGACAGGGAAUCGAGCACUAUGAGAAAAAUGUUGUUAAUUAGCUACUUGAGUUUAUGAACUAUUAUGUUACAGAGUUACUGCAAGAGGCAAAGAUCUUUAAGGAAUACGCAGGAAAGAAGCAAAUCGAUGUGAAUGAUGUCAAACUGGCGAUUUAAAGCAAAAACUAUAAUUCCUUCACGAGACCCCUCCCAAUGAGCAUUUUAAAGUAAAUUGCCAACGAUAAGAACAAUCUCUAGCUCUCCAAAAGUGAAGAUCAUCCUGGGUAGCACUAACCUGCUGGCAUGCCAAGUGGAAUGUAAAAUCCUCUCAACAGCAAGGUGCCUUAAUAGAGACCAAAUUAUGCUUAGAAUCUCCCGCCAACAGAGCAUUCCAAUAUGAACCCUAACAUCCAGGUGAAUUCUGAAGAGAUCUAGAAAAAGCUUGAGGCAUAAAAUUAGUCAAUGCAAAGAAGAUACUAUUAGUAAAUGCAGCAAUACUAGUUGCCUGUAAUGCAGGAAGAACAUGCCUUAGGACAAAUCAAUCAAGCUAUAAGAGAGCACAGACCAAUGGAUUAAUCCUUGAUCAAUGAUAUAAAGAAGCCGAUAAACCCUAAAAACUAACUUUCAUUUGACAUGAAUAUUACCUCAAACACUUCUAAUGGCAAUAAUUAGAGUAUGACCGCUUAUCAUACCAACACCAUCCCUAGUUUAGGAAGCACACACAAGGAGGAAUAUUAUGAGCAGAUACCUAAAAAGUAAUAGUAGUAGAUCCCUUAUUAGAUAAAUAAUGGUCAAAUGCUUGGGAAUAUGUAUUAAGAAAUGCCUGCUUACAACUAAGCUAAUUAGUAUAAUUAGUAUCAUCAUAUGCCCGACUAAUAUCAUUAGUAGCAAGCAUAAUACCAAUAGUAGCCAUACCCCAAUCAUAUAAUGGGUGUAAAUGGCUCAUAAAUGCCUGCUAGCAUGACUAUGGCUUAGUAAUAGUAGAAUUUAAUGAAUUAAAACCACCAAAAAAGUCUGUAAUAGACCAGUAAUAUCGUAGAUGAUCUCGACUUUGAAGAUGAAAAUGACGACUAAAAUGAUUAAGACGAUGAUGAUGAUUUGUUUAAGAAUACUUGA